CACCGGGGCUUUUUAUGUGCGGCUGCUGCGGUUCGUCUUGUUGUGGUGAAUGUGUGAUCGAGGUCCGGCAAUUGUCCCCUCUCGGGGCCAGAGUUCUCUUCACCAAGGAGAAGCCGGAAUAGGGUGAUGUCUGAUUGGCCACUGGGGGGUGGCUGUGCUCUCUGUCACCAGCUCACCCUCUGAGGCUUAUGGGAUAGGACGCCCCCCUCCACACCCGCCCGUAACCUCCCAACCUGUAACCCCAGUUACGACUGUGCCAAAUCCUUGCCUGGCGAUUGGAGCCCUGGUCCUGACAUGGGCAGCCCCGGCUGGGAGGUGGGUCCGGCGGUACCGGUGGAGCCCGUGCUGGAGGCCUUGUGUCCAGAGUGUGGUCAGAUCCACCGGGCUUGGGAGAACCACCUUUAUAACUACCGCCUGGAGGUGGACGAUGACCUGGUGUGCCACAUCUGCCUGCAGCCCUUGGUCCAGCCCCUGGACACACCCUGCGGACACACCUUCUGUGCCCGCUGCCUCCACAGCUUCCUCCAGGAGCGGGACUUCUGCCCGCUGGACCGGACACAGCUGCAUAUGCAGGUGUGUAGGCGGAGCAGCAUCCUGGUGCACAAGCUGCUUGACAAGCUGUCUGUGUCCUGUCCCCUGGCCCCGGCCUGCAGCCUCAGCAUGCCCCGCUGUGACCUGGAGGCACACCUCAAACACAGGUGUCCAGGGACGCGGUCUCAGCAGACCAAUUUACAGGGCCCACCAUGUGAUCACGGGGAGGAGGGAGCCAUGGUGACCAGCCCACCCAGGUCCCCCCACUCCCCCCAGACGGAGACAGACCUGCAGGAGGAGAGCUCCCCCUUGCCCCCUGGUGGCACCUCCGCCGCCAGCAGCAGUGUCCCCAUGUGGAGUGACGAGCCUGGACUGGACAAUCCCGCCUUCGAGGAGAGCACUGAGGAGGACAGUGUGGUAGGGUUGGAGUGUGUGGUGCCCAGGGUAAAGCGACCCCUCAGUAACCCCUGCAUCCACCUCCUCCGCACCGCCAGCGCCGCCUCCUCAGGGUGGGACUGCCCCGAGUCCCCGCCCCUCUCCGCUGAAGAGGGUUGUGUGAAGCUGCCAUCCCUUCCAGAGGGUGAGAUCACCACCAUCGAGGUCCACCGCUCCAACCCAUAUGUAGAACUGGGCAUCAGCAUCGUCGGGGGCAACGAGACGCCCCUCAUCAACGUGGUGAUCCAGGAAGUUUACCGUGACGGGGUCAUUGCUCGAGAUGGCAGGCUUCUGGCCGGGGACCAGAUACUACAGGUCAACAGUGUAGACAUCAGCAACGUGCCCCAUAACUUUGCCCGCUCCACGUUUGCACGCCCCUGUGCCAUGCUACAGCUCACUGUCCUGAGGGAGCGCCGCUGCACCUCUCGCCCGCCCCCCUUCACCACCCGUUCUGUGCCUCACGCCCCCUGCUCCACCCCAGAGAGCACCCCAUCCAGCCCUGCCAGCCUGAGGAUCACCCUGCACAAGCGGGACUCGUCAGAGCAGCUGGGCAUCAAGCUGGUGCGGAGGACGGACGAGGAGGGGGUGUUUGUGUUAGACCUGCUGGACGGCGGCUUAGCGGCCAAGGACGGGAGGCUGUGUAGUAACGAUCGCGUGCUGGCGGUCAAUGAACAGGACCUACGCCACGGCACGCCUGAACAGGCUGCUCAGAUCAUACAGGCCAGUGGCGAGAGAGUAUUUCUACUGAUUGGCCGGCCCAGCAAGCCUACCUCUCCACCAAGCUCCACCUCCAACAGAGACCUGUACUGCCAUGACCACUUCCUCCCCAAUCACCACCACCACCACUACAGCUUCUCCCCCAGCCCCAGCCCAGUGCCUACCUGCGCCCACCUGGCCCGCUCCAGCACCCACAGAGACCUGUCCCAGUGUGUGACCUGUAAGGAGAAACACAUCACUGUGAAGAAGGAGCCUCAUGAAUCUCUGGGUAUGACCGUGGCGGGGGGGCGGGGCAGCAAGAGCGGCGAGCUGCCCAUCUUUGUGACCAGCGUCCAACCACAUGGCUGCCUGUCACGUGAUGGACGAAUCAAACGAGGUGACAUCCUUCUGAGUAUCAACAGCCAGGACCUGACCUACCUGAGCCACAGCGAGGCGGUGGGCACCCUGAAGGCCAGCGCUGCAUCGCCCUCCAUCCAGCUGAGGGCGCUGGAGGUCAGCAUGGUGGAGGAGCCGGGCCAGGGCCAGAGCCCCGAGGACCAGCUGCUGCCCCCACACCACCACACACACAACUCAGACUACGACUCCUCCUGGUCCCCUUCCUGGGUCAUGUGGCUCGGCCUGCCAAGCUACCUUCACAGUAGCCAUGAGAUUGUUCUGCGUAGAAGUCACCCUGGGAGCUGGGGCUUCAGCAUCGUCGGGGGAUACGAGGAAAACCAUAGCAACCAGGCAUUCUUCAUCAAGACCAUUGUCCUUGGAACGCCCGCAUACUACGAUGGCCGCCUCAAGUGUGGGGACAUGAUAGUGGCGGUUAAUGGACUGUCUACGGCUGGUAUGAGCCACUCAGCCCUGGUACCCAUGCUGAAGGAGCAGCGUAGCAGAGUGGCUCUCACCGUGGUCUCCUGGCCUGGCAGCCUGGCAUAGCAUCAUGCCAUACUGAAAUUACUGUAGACUGGAUCUAACUAGGGCCCAAUCAUGCUAGACUGCAUCGAAAUCAUGCCAUACUGAAAUUGUUCUAGAUCGGACCUACUGUAACCCGGGCCAAAUCAGACUUCAUCAAACCAGUCUAGAGUGAACCGGGUCCUACGGAGGAAGAUCACUUGAUACUAAGCUGGACUGUGUCAGCCCCACGUCAAACAGACUGCUGUGGUCAUAUGGUCAUGUUAUCGGUCUUCACUCCCACUCAGGGAGAGUGGGACUAUCUGUUAAAGGACAGUACAUAGUCUCUGGACUGUUUCUCUUCACUGGACUGCAGUUGUAGAUACCAGGGGUGUAUUCAGGUGGCCACAACGUUAGAAUUUCACGGCAUAGAACAGAUAAGAUUCUCUGCCAUGUAGAAUUAUAUAGAUCAGCUCUAGGCCAUGUAUUUCUGUCUGAAACAUUUAAGCGUUGCUUCUAGGGUUUUCAGGAGAAAACGGGAUAAAACAUUCACCCAUUCUCUCCUGAAUAAACCCCAGGCCUUACCGGAUACCUGCCACGCCCUGGGGGCCCAACCCCCUGGACGCAGCCUUAGGCCUCAACACUGUGACGGCCCAGCCAUCAGCUCCCUAGGGUUUUCUACGUGUGAAUUCUGCAGUUUGAUAAAUAUUUCCAACAGAGGG